ACGAGCACCAACACACCCAGGUGGUAAACGAGGCCAAUGCCCAGGACUUGCCUGAUUGGCUUGGUUUGACGAGUGAUGUCACCUCGCAGGAGGGCCUGACCACUUAGUAAUAAAACGAUACACAGAUAAGGGUCAUCGACUGCUUAAGAGCAGCAGAACACUGGAAAACAACGUCUGAGCGGACACGUACACACGGCAGAGAGGAGGAAACACACUGACAAGUCAACACUUCUGGAAUCAGCAGCAGGUGUGGGAGCUACAGUUUGAGGAGGAGGCGUACUUGGGGGAAAGAGGAGCUGGCAAAGAGGAGGCUUAAGGGCAAAAUCCAGAAGGCCAUUAGACUUUUGCUGGGCAGUAAAAGGGGGAAAGGGAAGGAAAGAGCACAGCGCAAGAGAGAAGUCAGUAAAAGGGAACCAAGAGGAGUGGAAAGACAAACAAAGGAACUUUUGGGGCGAAGAGUGGACGCCUGUCUGAGUGCACGAUGGUGUCUCUGGAACUUGAACUUGUCGGCGUCAUUCUGUCAGUGCUCGGUUUGCUGCUGAGUGUGACCAGCUGUGCCUUGCCAAUGUGGAGGGUGUCCGCUUUCAUUGGCUCCAACAUCGUCACAGCUCAGGUGUACUGGGAGGGCCUGUGGAUGAACUGUGUGUUCCAGAGCACGGGGCAGAUGCAGUGUAAGGUCUACGACUCCAUGUUGGCUUUACCUCAGGACCUACAGGCCGCCAGGGCGCUCACCGUCGUCUCCAUCAUCGUGGCGGUGGUGGCUCUCCUCAUCUCUACAGUAGGAGCAAAGUGCACCAACUGCAUUGAGGAAGAAGGGGUUAAAGCCAAGGUGAUGAUUGCCUCGGGUGCCUUGUUCAUCACAGCAGCUCUGACCCAGCUAGUGCCUGUCUCCUGGUCAGCACACACCAUCGUGUAUGAGUUCUACAGCCCAAUCAUCCCCUCGGCUCAGAAGAUGGAAAUCGGUGCAGCGCUGUAUCUGGGCUGGGCUGCUGCGGCUCUGCUGCUGAUUGGAGGAUCCAUCCUCUGUUGCAGUUGCCCACCACAGGAUGAGAAACCACUGAGGUACAGCGUGCACCCCCAGAGCCGUGUAGCAUACUCCACCGCAGCGAGGUCAAACGCCCCAAGCUCCUACAACAGAAGGGACUACGUGAGAGCAGCCAUCGCACCAGCAACCAACCCCCACCACCUACAGCCACACCCUCUGAACAUCCCAUCCUCCGUCACCCACCCUGCCUCCAGCUCCCCUCCUCCACUAACUGUGAACAGUUUUGCUGGAAAAUCCGUGGACUCACCAUUUAAGUUUUGUUCUGUCAUCAGACAAAGAGUCAACAUGUCGAUGGGUAUGGAGAUUGUGGGCAUUGCCCUUGGAGUCAUUGGUUUUAUCAUUGCAAUAGUAACAUGCGCCCUGCCAAUGUGGAAGGUGUCAGCCUUCGUUGGAGCCAACAUCAUCACAGCUCAGACCAUCUGGGAGGGUUUAUGGAUGAACUGUGUCACCCAGAGCACGGGCCAGAUGCAAUGCAAGGUCUACGACUCGCUGCUGGCUUUGCCUCAGGAGCUACAGGCCUCCAGAGCCAUGAUGAUCAUCGCCAUCAUACUCGGAGUGCUGGGGGUUAUGAUCUCCAUUGUCGGCGCCAAGUGCACCAACUGCAUUGAUGAGGAGACAGCCAAAGCCAAAGUGAUGAUCAUCGCUGGAAUCUUCUUCCUCCUCGGUGGCCUUUUGGUUCUCAUUCCUGUGUCUUGGACGGCCAGCGUCAUCAUCAGGGAUUUCUACAACCCCAUCCUGACCGCCGCACAGAGGAGGGAGCUGGGAGCAGCUCUCUACAUCGGCUGGGCAGGAGCUGCCCUGCUUCUGAUUGGUGGGGCGAUGCUGUGCAGCAGCUGCCCGCCAAAAGAGAAGAAGUACAAGCCGCCCCGGAUGGCCUACUCUGCCCCACGCAGCACCAGUGCAGGUGCAGGAUACGACAGGAAAGACUAUGUUUGAACAGAAGUCUCCGACAGAGUGAUUUGGAAUGUAGGAUGAAAUGAAAAUGUUUGUUGCACAUUUGUGUUUCUGUGUGUCUGUGUUGUAUUUUGCUAUCUGAAACCACAGGGUGAAUCCCACAAAAAGACUCCGAGAUGAAGAUGUUCGUACAAAUAUUGAUCUCUCUGCUUUGCUUUUAGCCGGCAUGUUCAUUUGCAUUAUCAUAAUGUCUUUACUCUGCUAUAAUCCAGCAGGUGUGUCUUGUUAAAAAAGGUUCCUAUUUUCAUUAUAUGAACAUUAGAGCCUGUUUUCCUGUAAAACAUAACUUUUUUUUUUUUUUUUUUUUUUAAAUGCUAUAAGGACAUGUUGUAUUUAUACCCAAACUAUGUCUAUGGCAUUAUGUGAAUCUGAAAACACCUGCUUCUUUUGUGUCGCUCUACCAUUAGCUGUUGGCGUGCUGGUGUUGUGUUUCACUGAAACUUUCAGAGAAAAUACUGUGUGUCACUGACAAUGACAAGGAAAAGCCAGCUCUCAUUUUACAUGGAUUUGGUUGUGUGAUUGUUCCGUAUGUGUGUGUGUGUGUGUGUGUGUGUGUGUGUGUGUGUGUGUGUGUUUUGCAUGUAAUAUUUGCUUAGGAGAGUUUCUGCUGAGACUGAAACUAAAGAUGGCUCCAUGAUACGGCCCCAGGAAACAACUCUAUCUUCCUCACAGUUUAACUGUUUGAGGACAUAUAAAAGACUGUUUCGGUUGCCACCCACACCAUAUGUGUGAGCUUAUUUUAUAUUUAUGUAAUAAAGUGUAUUUGUAAUGUAUUCUAACACCAUAUAUUCCACUGUGUGUCUGUGUUUUAAAUAGAUUUGUAUUGUGUUUUUUAGUUUUUGGAUCUUAGAUUUGUAUCUUAUAUCUAUCAUAAGCAACAGCAUGUAUGGUCCUCUGUAUAUCAAACAAAGAGUCAAAGGACAUUUUCAGUGUGUGUGUGUGUGUGUGUGUGUGUGUGUGUGUGUGUGAGAGAGAGAGAGAGAGACAGCCUGAGGGAACAUGACUACAGCUGUUCUAGGAUGUUUGUUUCCACAUCAGCAGGAUGUGUUUUGUGUGUACAAAUGAAACAUUUUAUAAAUUUAUCUUCACCUCAUUUUAAUAAGAUUUUGUGUUUGAGAUGUAACAAAUUUUAUUUUUACUUAAGUGUCGUUCAAACAUUGUUAAAAGAGAUGAUUUCUGACAUGCAAUGCUUUGUUAAAUGUUUUGCAGCAAUGCUUGAAUUUAUAAUGUGCUGAAGAUUUCAAUAAAAGUCACAUAAAGAAUGA